AGUUCCCAUGCUUGUUUGCUGGUCUUUCGGGAGGCUAACACGUCCCUGUCGCUUUUCAAUUUGUUGCAGUAAAUCGGAUCAUGGCCAAAGAUAAAUCUCCGAAAUCAGCAUCAGAUCUUUCCAAGAAGAAGAAGAAGAAGCUGAGUUCAAAUGGCGAUAAUGUAAAUAUAGAAGAGGCAAUGGAUGUUGAGGUAAAGGUGAAAAGAAGAAAAAAGAAGGUAGAGGAGGCCCCGGAAGAGAUUCCUCAGGAAACCAUCAUAGAUGAGAAAAAAGAGAAGAAGAAGAAGAAGAAGAAGCUGAGUUCAAAUGAGGUCGAUGUAAAUAUAGAAGAGGCAAUGGAUGUUGAGGUAAAGGUGAAAAGAAGAAAAAAGAAGGUAGAGGAGGCCCCGGAAGAGAUUCCUCAGGAAACCAUAACAGAUGAGAAAAAAGAGAAGAAGGAGAAGAAAAGCAAAAAGAAACGAGCGGCCGAGGAGGCACAGGCCAAGGCAGCUGAGAUUUCAGAUCCACCCAGUUCCCCCGAGCCAACACUUGAGCUGGAGGGUGAGGAGGACCUGAGUCCUGAAGAGAAGCGGGUGAUGGAGAGGAAGAUGAAGAAGAUCCUGAAAAAGGAGGAGAAGAAGAAGCUGAAAGCUGAGGGAGAGACGGAGAAGAGAAGUGAAGAGACUGGACCCACGGCUCCUCAGCAAGCUUUAGUUUACCUCAACUGCUGGGCUGAGAAGCGAGCAGAGUGGAAGUUCCAGAAGACCAGGCAGACGUGGCUGCUGCAGCACAUGUUCGACUCCGACAAGAUUCCAGAUGAGAAUUUCUCCGUGCUGCUUCAGUACCUGGAGGGGCUCCGUGGAGGAUCAAAGGACAUGACCGUGAAGAAGGCCUUAGCCCUGGUCGAGGAGUCGGGACAAGCGCCAGAGGACGAGGCUGUCCAGCAGAGGGCGCACAGAGCCAGAGAAGCCAUCCAGCUGCUCACCUGACCUGGACUACUAAUAUUAAACAGAGAUAAGACUCAAGUCUGUUGAUCUGUGGACUGAUGAUUGCCUUGGAUUGUUGUUUUAUAUGUAUAAGUUUGUAAUUGUCCUUAAGGGGAAGGUUUUGAUUUAAUCACGUCAAUCGUUUAUAUUUGGAAAUAAGAAAUCCCAUAAGUUCAGUUAAGUACUGAAAGUCCAAUUAUACCCUGGGGGACAAAAGUAUAUUUUUUUUCUACCCCAGAUUUAAGAAUUCGGAAGAUAAUGUCCAGUUUCAGGAGUGUGUACAGGUGUAAACCCUAGAGGAGGAAACAAAAAGUAUUGUCGCAGGAAUGUUUGUAGCCAAGACAUGUUUUUGCAUGCUGCGACGCUCAGUCAGUGGAGCCACUGAUGAGAGUAACUUCUUACACACACUUGGUAUAAACAUAAUGAGCAUUUUAUGUUUUGACAAAUCUCCUGUAACUACAAAUCUGUACCUUUAGUUCCGGUUCAAAGUUUGUGCAUUUGAGGUUUGUUAUUUUUGCCAAUGUUGUAAAACCUUUUAUAAAUGUAUAACAUUACCCCCAAAUACAGUACGAUUGACAUUUAAA